AUUCCAAUCCACUCCGACGCAUUUCCAUGGUUGCUGGAGAUGUCAAUGGCGCGAGCAACGGGAAUGCGGGGAAGCCGUGCAUCCAGUGCCGGCGCCCGCCGCCAGCGGGUCCCGCCCGGGCGGCCUUUGGUGCGCCGGUGGCGCGCCUGGUCUUCGGCGCUUGCCUCCACGGGCCCUUCUGCGAGACCUGCCGCGGCCACGUGGCGCGGUGCACGCUGCCAGCCUGCGUGUGCCGGGUGCUGCUGGAGGGCUGGCGGGAGGCGCCCUGGCCGCCGGCUGGCCCCGAGGAUCGAUCCGCGCCGCAGGCGCGCGCAAGCGUGUGCUGGCUGCAGUCCUUGGAGGUCAAGCCUAGACACGGGUUCGUAAGGGAGGAGUCCAGCCAGAAAAAGCUGUUAGACUCCAACCACUCUAUCAACGUCUUUCGCAAGCACAGCGGGCUUGCAGUAGGCAAUCUUCGAGACUGCUUUGGACGCGCCAGGCUGCAGCCGGCGCAGGCUUUGGCCUCUGCAGCGGCGGACGAGCAGCGCAUGUCCGCGCCAGAGGCGCAGGUGGCUCCUAGCUUCGAGAGGAACGCCGUCUUCAAGAAGCGCGAGGCAAGGGAGGAGAAGUUUGCGUUCCGCUACCAGAAGCGGACUGCGGCUCCGGAGGCAGAGGCCGAGCUGACCGCAGCCCAGGUCGCCGCAGCUGUUGCCGCGGAAGCAUCUUCCAAGGGCCGGCUCAUUGAGGACAGCCAUCCGAAAACUGCUCCAGCCAAGUUCCAGGCGCAGCUGACGGCACCGAAGGACAAGGGCAAGAGCAGUGGCCCGAAAGCCAAGAAGCCGCGGCUCAUAGCAGCGGGAGACAGCGACAGUGAGUGAGUGAAAUUGGGGGUUCGUCCGAACAUAUGAGUCUGUGACAAUAGUGGCAGUGUAGUGAUUGGUUUGUUGAGGACAUGGCGGGGGGA